AUGAAGAAAGAAAUCAACGAGUUAAAAACUCACACAAAAAACAAUCAGUUGAGUGACGAGGAUCUCUAUGUCCUUGACCCAGACUACGGGGUAGAUUAUAAUAUUAAUUCCAACAUUGGAGCAUAUAAUACGAACUUGCCUAGCGUUUAUCCCAAUUAUCAACCAGGAAGGAUCGGAAAUGCCAGUAACUUAGCAGCUGCUUAUGCUCCACCUGGAUUGUAUCCAGGGCUAUACCCAGGUUUAACUUAUGCUUACGGAGGACUAGGUUUACCACAACCAGGUGCACUUCCAUUUGUGCCCGACCAACAGCUACCGUCGAUUUCUGCUUCCGUCGCUGCUAGCUACGCCCAACCAAUUUUAGGUCAGCCGUCUCUCACUCAGGGCUUGCCAUCUACAAGUUUGGGCAUCGGAAUGCUCACAGGGCAGAUAUUGUCGCACACAGUCCCUCACAUCACUCAACCGAUAAAGGAAUCCUCCAAGGCUGUACCCGCCAGCACCACCCAAAGCCUCUUCUCUUCGUCGCCCUCCUCUUCUGCUACAGCAACAAUAAAUAAAGCAGCGCCGGUAAACGUCGUGAUAACCAAUUCGGAUCCACUACCUACAACCAGAGCACUUACUUCCCAACCAGUUCUGUCGGUUACUAUACCGCCGCAGCAUAUAAAGAGCAACAUUGCCAAAUCUCAGCCUCAUAAUUAUCAGAUUCCUCUACCGUCUACGGCCGUGACUGCGAUAGCGUCUACUCCGUCCGUUUUGAGUAAACCUCCUCCUGCUAUAUCUACGCAGAGUUUGUUGUCUAACGUGUCGCCACCGGUAUUUUCCGCGGUGGCUCAAACAAAGAGCCCGUCUAAGAAUGUGAGUCUGGGUCUUCAGAUCGAAAAAACUCUUGACAAAACUUUCAGCCCCGACAAAAAUAAUUCAACGUUGAAUAGAAGCAACGUUUCUACGAAUUCCGUCGAAGAACAUGACCCUUGCCCCGAUUUCAAACCUAUAGUACCUCUGCCAGACGAAGUUCCUGUGAAUACGGGCGAGGAAUGCGAAACUGAACUGUUCUGUGAACGUGCAAAACUAUUCAGACACGUCAAUAACAACGGAGUCAAAGAAUGGAAGGAGAGGGGCGUUGGAAGCUUGAAAAUCCUGCACAAUGCAAGUACGGCAAAAAUUCGGAUCCUCAUGAGGCGAGACCAGGUCCAUAAAAUUUGCGCUAAUCAUUUCAUUACGAAGGACAUGCUGUUAACGCCAAUGGCAAACAAUGAUAGAGCUUACGUUUGGGCUGCCCACGAUUUCGCCGAUGAGUCCGUCGUGUUGGAAAAGUUCUGCGUCAGAUUCAAGACAUCCGAAGAGGCCAAGAAGUUCCAUGAAGCUUUCGAGUCUGCUAAGAAAUUGAUUGAAGAUCCUGCCAAGAAAUCACCCCAAAACUCUGCUAUUAAACAAGACGUCAAACCAAAGAAAACGGAGCCGCAGAAUAAAAGCGUGGCCAAGCCAGCAGUCCCAGCUACCACUUCAUUAGGAGGUUUCGUGUUUACUAGCACUCCAACGUUCAAACCCAAAGAAGCAGUGGCACCCGCUAAAAUAGUAGAGGCUGAACAAUCGCCAAAAUCUAGUCCGUUCUCGAGCCUCACCUUCGGAAAAGUUAACGUUACCCCUAACACGUUCAAAAGUGAUUUCAAGCCAGUACAAACAACGGAAGCGACGACAUUUUCUCCGUUAGUCAUUUCCCAGAACAAACCGACGACUCCGCAAAAGGAGGACGCCGAUGACGAUUCUCACGCUGAAGACUUCGUCCCAACGGCGGAAUUCAAACCGCUCGUCGCCCUGCCCGAGUUAGUUGAUCAUAAAACAGGCGAAGAGAACUCGGAGAUACUGUUCGAGUGCAGGGCCAAAUUAUUCCGAUACGACACGAACGGGGAAGUGAAGGAGUGGAAAGAACGCGGAGUCGGGAUCAUCAAAAUCCUCAAAGACGAAUCCGUUAGGUUACUCAUGAGAAGAGACCAAGUGCUCAAAGUGUGCUGCAACCACAAAGUUUUGAAGAAUAUGGCCUUUAAAUUGAACACCAACAAUCCGAAGGCGGUGGUGUGGCACGCCCAGGACUUUUCCGAAGGCGUUUUAACGCCGGAAACCUUCACGGUAAGGUUUAAGACUGAGGAACAGGCCAAUCAGUUCUUGCAGGUGUUGCAGACGGCUCAGACGUCGUUGGACGAGAACAACAAAGUAAGCGGCAAACACCACAAGCCCGAUGCGCGACCGAGAACUACCAGUUUCGGGGAUAAAUUUAAGCCGGCGAAGGGUAGUUGGGAGUGUAAGAAUUGUUACAUUAUCAACGAAGGAAAGACAAAUCACUGUAUCGCUUGUGAAUCUCCUAAACCCGGUACCACUGCAAAGAAGCCGGAAGAAUCCGAACUCUCGGGACCAGUGUUCUCCUUUGGGAUUCCCACGACCCAAGCAAGUACUCCGCCGACUAGUGAAGGAACGAAGACCGGAGGGUUUACGUUUUCUCAGAAACCUGCUCUCGACACCAGUAAAGGUAUAAGUUUGGACACUCCCGGACAAAAGUUCACAUUCGGAAUACCGCAGGCCGCCACAGCUACAACAGAACCCGUCAAAACCUUCGCCUUUGGUACUCCAACCACUACAACGGCCGGAGCUGCGACUCAAUUUUCGUUUGGGGCCAAAUCGAGCCUUGACGCCACGAAAACAUCCAGUAUCUUCACCGCUCCCGCCAGCACUAGUUUUUCAUUCACGCCUGCUGCCACCACGACAUCCACUAAAUCCGAUUCUAAGUUUGUGUUCGGUUCCCCGCAAAAACACGAAUUUGAAUUUAAACCACGUUCGCCAAGAAGAAUCAGCUCGGGUCAGGGUGAUGAGGAAUCCGACGGCAGCUACGUAGAGGAAGAGGAAGACAAUAUUUACUUUAAACCGGUCAUACCCCUGCCGGAGAAGGUGGACGUGAGAACUGGCGAGGAAGACGAGAGCGUUUUGUAUUGCCAUCGGGCUAAGCUGUUUAGGUUUGUCAGUGGGGAAUGGAAGGAGAGAGGUCUCGGUGAUGUCAAAAUUCUUCAGAGGAAGGAUAACGGGAAGUUAAGGGUGGUUAUGAGGCGGGAACAGGUGCUCAAAAUCUGCCUGAACCAUCAUCUGACCAAAGAAACCGAAUACAUACCGAAGGAUGAGAAAUCGUGGCUCUUCCACGCCGCCGAUUUCUCCGAGGGGGAGAUAGCGCACGAGCAAUUCUGUAUUAGAUUUAAAAACUUGGAAGUGGCGCAGGAUUUCAGAAAGGCUGUGACCGACGCUGUGAAUAACGCAGGCGGCGGCGAUAAAGGCACAAAGGACAAUGCGUGCGAAGAAGACGCAGAUGACGAAGUGGUAAUAAUAUCUGAAACCAAAGUGACGCCCGAAGAAGAAAGGGAAGCUACAAAACUCGGCUUGCCCCCCAAAUUUUUCUCGUACAGGCAACUGCCGGAUUGCGCAUGCGACCAGUGCAAAAAAGACGACGAAUACCUGAAAGAGCUGUUUGCGGCGGACAACAAAAAACCUCCGAUGAUGACCCUCGCUCCACCUGGUACGCCUAAUAAAGAACUCAACGGUAGUGAUUCUGCAACGUUCGUAACUCCUUCGUCGCACAUGACGCCGUCAACGGGGAAUUCCGUAUUCGGAACACCGAAAGAACGAACUUCGUUCAGUUUCACUCCAGCCCAGCCAGCCAAGUCUGAUACCUUAAGGGAUUUAUUGUUAAAGCCGUCUAAAUUAGAGACUGCAAUCACUCCAACGAAAGGGGGCGACGGAGAAUCUAACCCUGCAACCCCCACAACUAUAAGUACUGCUAAACCGUUUUCGUUUUCCAUCGCAAAGACGACUGCUUCCUCAACGACAGUCGCGUCAUCGACAACCGCUCCGUUUAGUAUUUUCAGUACCACGACCGGCGGACUGUUUGGAAGUGCCAGUACCAGCACCAACCUAUUCAGCAGCCCGUCGGCGAGUUCGACUGGUUCUAUUUUCGGAGGCAGCAGUACCACCGGAAGCAGCGUAUUUGGCAGUACCGCCUCCACAUUUGGUAACGCUUCCAGCGCCACCCCGGCAUUCGGGAGUCUCGCAAGUAGCAACACCAGCAUAUUUGGAAUUAAACCUAUGUCGGGCGUUACUAUCACCCCAAUUUUCGGCGGCAGCGUUUCCAGUAACAGUAACAUUUUCAGUAUAUCCGCCACGCCGAGUAGUACCUCGCUUCCUUCCGCCACUUCGUCCAAUAUUUUCAACACUACUCAGAGUGCUACAGUUGCUACGCCUCUAUUUGGUAACGCCAAGACCGCGACUGCGACAACUCCAGUUUUUGGAGCCGUUACUACAACUACUACCGCAAGCAGUACCCCACUUUUCGGCGAUAUAAAGACCACAUCCGCCACACCUAUUUUCGGAGGUACCACCUCUAGUACCGCCCCGGUUUUUGGAGGGGGCACGCCGACAACUAACUUAUUCACUGCGACCACCACAUCUGGCAGCGUCUUCGGUCAGAACGCAAACGUUUUGGGUCCCAAACCAAGCAGCGGUGGUAUUUUUGCGACAGGCGUAACGUCCACCGCCAGUUCGUUUUCCAGUACUGCCGUGACGUCCGCUGGGGUAUUUGGCGGUACGCAGAGCGGUUCCGUCUUCGGUAAUAAGCCGGCUGUGUUUGGAAAUGCGGCGAAUCUUUUCGGGGGCAAACCGGCUUCGACGACCGAAGCGAACCUGACUUUUGGAGGCGGAGCGCAGACUGUCGAGAAGAGCACCAUUAAUUUGGAAGAAAACGACGAGGUUGUCCUUAAAUGCGAUAACGAGGUGACGUUUGCCUCGUUGGCUGCGACUACUUCGCCGAGUGCUGCGCCGGUAUUUAAGAAAUCAGAUGACAAUUCGUUCGCCUUUCUGGGAGCUGGGGCGCCAGUGUUCGCUUCCAAGAAAGAUACCAAAAGAGACAAAUCGAAAGCCGACAAGUCUAGAACUGAAUCUGACGAAGAGGGUGGGGGUCAAGAGGAAGAGUACGAUCCCCAUUACGAACCUAUCGUGCCACUUCCCGACGCUAUAGUCGUAUCGACUGGGGAGGAAAGCGAAGACGUGCUUUUCAACGAAAGGGCCAAACUGUACAGAUACGAUACCGCCACUAAAGAGUGGAAAGAAAGAGGCGUCGGUCAGAUGAAGAUCUUGCACCACCCGCAGAAUAACACGUACAGGUUUUUACUGAGACGCGAACAGGUUCACAAAGUCGUCUUGAACCAGCUCAUCGUUCCUAACCUCGACCUCCAGCCGAUGCUCACGUCCGACAAGGCUUGGAUGUGGGCCGGCUAUAAUUAUACCGAAGAAGAAAACAACCUGGAAAAGUUAGCGGUUCGUUUCAAGAACGUGGAGCUGGCUAAACAGUUCCACGACGUCGCCCAAGACGUCGUCAAGAAAGUGACUGACAUCCAAAAUAACAAAUCCUUGCCUGCAACUGUUCAGAAUUACGGACUUGAGGACGUCAGCGGGGACGAUCAGAAUACCGUCAGUGAAGUAAAUGAUGACGACGAAGAUGAGGAGGACGACGAUGAAGACGAUCGUUCUGUUAUGUUCAUGAAACGCUGCACAUUAAGUGAGCAAUCGCCGGGGGGAACAUGGAAACCGGUAACUAUGGGCGAUCUACAGGUUUAUUACGAUCCGGAACUAUACGCUGCAAGGAUAGCGGUGAACGAUGACAGCGGAAACGUUUUAAGUAACACGUUAAUCGGGAUGAACACUUUAAUGGACAUCGAGAAGGCGGAAUGUACUUGGAGAGCAGUGGAAUGGGCAGAUGGCGAUAUGAAUUGGAGAACUUUGAAAGCCACAUUUAGCAGCGAUGUGGCGGCGCAGGAAUUCCACUCGAAUUACUUGGAAGGUUUGAAUUAUGCUCAGGAAGUUGGUAUUAUCGACGAAAUCCCUCAUGAGAACGACACAGAGACUGAAGAUUAAAAGGCAAUUCCUAGAUAUUUUGUGUCAGAAGUCAUGAAAUUUGAAGUGAUCCGGUAGAAUAUACAGAUAUAUUUUAAUUUUUUUAAGAUUUAUGUUUUUUGUAGGUUGCUUAGAUUUAUUGAAACCACUAUUUUAAAUGUUAGUUUUUAAAAUGUAAUAAAAUGUUUGUCUAAA